AGCCUGGGCCCAAACGUCAGCGCUUGAGCUGUUGUUUAGUUUCGGCUUCAGGGACGCGACUCGGCCUUGACAUGACUAUGCUUGCAAGUCUGGUCCUGCUGUUGAUCGGGCAGGUGCACUCCAGACCGCAGAGGCCCCACAUCAUUUUUCAUGUCAUCGACGACUUUGGUUGGGACGACCCAGGAUUCCGGAACAGUUAUCAGAUCAAGACGCCGACUCUGAACAGAUUUCAUGAGCAGGGCGUCACCUUUGACCAGUACUAUGUGCUGCCCUCGUGCUCCCCUAGCCGUGCCACUUUCAUGAGUGGUCGCAUGCCACUUCACACCGGGAUCAACAACUGGAUCCCCAAUGAAGCGUACGGCCUGCCGGCAGAUGAGACGACCCUGGCGACACUUUUGGGCUGGCAAGGCUAUAGGUGCCAUGCAGUUGGCAAGUGGCACCUUGGCUUUUUCAAAUCGGAGUACACCCCAACUUUCAGAGGCUUCGAAUCCUUCUACGGCUAUUACGAGGGCUCAGAGGAUUACUUUCUGCACACCACCGGCGGUGGCUACGACUUGCACAGGGAGGGAAGGCCCAAUUGCGGGGUUGGCUGCACGCAGGUGGCUUGGGAUGAUGCAGGCGAGUACUCCACCAACCUCUUUGCAGCAGAGGCUGUGCGCCUUAUUCAGGCGCACAACGCCUCAGAGCCUCUCUUCCUGUACCAAGCCUGGCAGGGGGUGCACGCCCCGCGCCAGGCUCCGGAGCAGUAUGUGGCGCCUUACCAGGAGCAGAUCCAAGACGAGGCGCGCCGGGUCUUUGCUGGCAUGGUCAGCGCGGUGGACGAGGGCAUCGGCAACAUCACGGAUGCACUUGAGGCGAAAGGUAUGUUGGCGAAUUCUGUCGUCAUCGUGACCACGGACAACGGUGGACCAGUCCAUGAGUGCGCGGGCAUCGGUGCCUCCAAUUACCCUUUGCGGGGUGGCAAAUGCUCCAUUUGGGAGGGAGGCACUCGAGGGACGGCUCUUCUCUUCGCUCCCAGCUUUCUGCAGCAAGGUUUCACCUGGCCUGGCUUGAUGCAUGCGGCUGAUUGGCUGCCCACCCUGGUGGAGGGGGUUGCAAGGUUCGAAAUCCCCCGGGGGGCGACCAAGCCCCUGGAUGGCUUCAACCUGUGGCAUCAGCUCAUCGGCAACUUGGCCUCUCCCCGCAUCGAUCUCUACUACGGCAUCGCCGACGCCUCCGUGGGGAAGCACGGCCCUGCCCUCCGGGAUGCCGAGGGCUGGAAGCUGAUCCUCGGCACGGGCGGCGGGACCGGCGACUGGCCGCCGCAGCCCAGCCAGAACCAGAGCAAUCAGACCAAUCAGACCAAUCAGACCAAUCAGACCAAUCAGAAGCCGGGUGGCAACGACCAGAGGCCCAGGCUCUUCAAUUUGAAUGAGGACCCGGGUGAGCAUUGCGAAGUUGAGGAGCAGCAGCGGAUAACUUUCAUGCUGGAGCUGCUGGGACGGUACAUGCGCAGCGCAGUGCCCCAAGCAACCGGUGAUCCCAGCUGUCCCGCGUUUAAACCUCGGAAGUCUUUGCAGGGGCCCUGGCUUGGCCCUUGGUGUGAUCAGGAACAGCUAGUUGUCUAAGC